AUGUUUGAGGAGGUUUUAUUAAACAUUUUAUUGAUAAACAUACGUACUCCACCGACUGAGGAGGUUAUACAGACUGGUGUAGUUUCUCGUUUUGUUGAGUUUCUGUUGAGGGAAGAUUUUCCACAGUUGCAGUUUGAGGCAGUUUGGGCUUUGACAAAUAUCGCUUCUGGAACGUCUGACCAUGGGGCUGUCACAAUUUUUGUGAAGCUCCUUGCUUCUUCUAGUGAUGAUGUAGUGUGGGCUUUAGGAAAUGUUGCUGGGGAUUCUCCCAGAUGCCGUGAUCUUGUUCUCGGUCAUGGAGCCUUGGUUCCUCUUUUGGCACAAUUGAAUGAACUUGCCAAGCUUUCUAUGAUGAGAAAUGCUACCUGGAUGCUUUCAAACUUCUGCAGGGGAAAGCCACCGCCUCCUUUUGAUCAGGCUUUGAUUGAGGCCAAUAUAUUUGGUCAUUUUGUGAACCUGCUUCAAAAUGCUGAAUUUGAUAUUAAGAAAAGAGGCUGCUUGGGCCAUCUCAAAUGCUACAUCUGGUGGAUCUCAACAAAUCAAGUACCUAGUAAGUCAGGGGUGUAUUAA